AGUCGAUUUCCUAAUUCCUUGUCUUAAGUCUACUUUAUCGUUGUUUGAAACGAGCUAAUUUGAUUAACUUUAUUUAUUUUUUAUUCAAAUAUAUUCAUGUUUAGCAGUCAAGCGCAACUAAGAAAGCGAACUCCUGAAGAUGGCACAGACCGCGAAAAUUAUUUAUCGCUAUUAGUUGAUGAGUUCAUCAACACAAAUUCCUUUGAGGCCAAAUGUCAGGUGCUAGCGAAUUUGGCCAAUUUCGCAUAUGAUCCAAUAAAUUAUGUCUACAUAAGAGAUGUCGGAGUAUUAGAUAUAUUUAUUUUUGUACUGAAGAAUGAAAAAAAUGUUAAACUUCUACAUUUUGCAGCAUCCGGAAUCUGUAACUUAUGCAUAGAUCCAGUAAACGUUGAGUACCUUUUAAACCAUGAAGCAUUAAAACCCAUAGCAGCACUGCUCAAGUCAAAUCACUGUGAAACACUAGCCGAUGCUGUAGCAAUUUGUAUAUAUUUAUUUAAUAGCCAUGCAAAGGCAACUCUUAAUGUCCCUGGACUCAUUCAAGAUAUGGAACUCUUAAAGAAUUCUGAAAAUAAAGUGGUUGCAAAUUUAGCUACAGUAUUCCUAGAUGAUGUAAGCAAGAAUAAUUGACAAGUUCUAAGUGAAUCUGUUCAAUAUUUAAAAAGUUAAAAUAGUUAUACAACUAACUAUGAACAAGAUGUUAUCAAACCGGUUUCCAUAUAUUGCUGUCAAUAAUAAAAAUUAUCAAAAGAUAUGUAAACUACACACAUCUUCA